AUGGCGGACAACCAACCUGGUUCCUUAAAAUUAAGGAAGGAAAUUGGAUUGCUUGGAGCGGUGGCGCUUGUCUCUGGAUGUAUGAUUGGAUCUGGUAUCUUCAUGUCCCCUCAGUUUGUUCUGGUCUACGUUGGAAGUCCUGGAGCAAGUUUGGUGAUUUGGGCAAUCUCAGGAGUUGUAGCCAUGUUUGCAGCAUUUUCCUACACCGAGUUGGGUAUGGUCAUUCCAGAAUCUGGUGGAGAGUUUAUCUACAUCCUCAGGAUCUAUGGUCCUUUUCCUGCAUUUUUUGCUGCAAUCAAUUUCAUUUUGCUUGCAAAGCCAUGUAGCAUCGCCAUCAUGGGCAUUAGUAUUGCUAAAUAUAUAACUGCCCCAUUUUACCCAGAAUGCCACCCUCCACAGCUGGCUGUAAAAUGCACUGCAGCAGUCUUCAUUUUGGUCGUUGCCAUUCUGAAUUCUCUCAAUGUCCGUGUUGCAAUCAGAGUCCAAAUCGUUUUCUUUGUGGCUAAAGUGAUAGCUCUGACAGUCAUCGUCAUCGGUGGAAUAAUACAUAUCAUACAGAACAGUGCCACAAUUGUGGAAAACUUCAGUGUGGAGACCUCAUUUAGGGGAACGCAGUACUCUCUGAGCACUUUAGGAAUGGCUUUCUAUCAAAGUCUGUGGUCUUAUGCUGGCUGGUACAACCUGAAUUAUGUCAGUGAAGAACUGAAGAAACCUGAGAAGAAUCUUCCCAGAGCGCUGCUGAUAGCCAUUUCUCUGGUAACUGGCUUGUACCUGAUGGUGAAUGUGAGCUACCUGGCAGUAAUGACCCCAAAAGAGCUCAUGUCCUCCAAUGCUGUAGCAGUAACCUGGGGGAAUAAGGUGUUAGGCAGUUGGGGUUGGAUCAUGUCCGUGGCUGCAGCUUUAUCAGCUUUUGGUUCCUUAAAUGGGAGUUUCUUCAGUGGAGGUCGUGUUUGCUUUGUAGCUGCCAGAGAAGGCCACAUGCCUGAAAUUCUGUCCAUGGCUCAUGUCCACCGACUAACUCCGUCUCCAGCGCUGAUCUUCACCACCGUAAUCUCUUUGGUGGUCCUGAUCCCUGGAGACUUUCAAAGUAUAGUGAACUUCUGCAGUUUCACAGCCUGGUUUUUCUACGGCAUCACUUUGGGAGGUCUCAUCUACCUCAAAAUCAAGAAGAAGGAUCUCCCUCGACCAUACAGCGUUCCAAUAAUCCUCCCCAUACUGGUCCUGUUUGUGGCAAUAUUCCUGGUCUUGGCUCCCAUCAUAGACAAUCCUCAGAUUGAAUACCUCUAUGUAGCUUUGUUUAUAUUAAGUGGUGCUUUAAUCUAUGUUCCUUUCAUCCAUUUCAAGCUCUGUCCUGGUCUGCUCAGAAAGAUGACAGUGUUCCUGCAGCUGUUUUUGGAAGUCGCGCCUGCAGACAAAAACUUGUGAUUUUGACCUUCACUUAUUAUGUCUGGGAAACAGCAAAAAGCACCAAAUAUUCAUAUGGACUGGGUCUGUUAUUAUAAUUUUUUCAUAAUU